AUGCUCCAGUCUGCCCAUUACCGUAUGUUGCGAAUUUUCUUGGUCACCCUCGAUUUUUGGUUCAACACCGAUCAAUCUGCAUUCCCCGCAAGCCAAGUCCAACGAAGCGGUAAGCUCACGCUAUCAAUUCCACUUGACAACCUGACUCCUUCAUCUAGUGCUCAAACUUCGUGUAUUGCCCAACAAACCGAAAUGUCAUCUCCCGACUCAACCGAAUCGGAAAGCUGGGAGGCAAUCUACAAAGAGGAGUGCCUGAGUUUCAAGGCCAGCCUACAGACCCAAGCUGAAAUCUUGAGGAAUGAUCCGGAAAAUCUAGGAGAAGAUCGUCUCAAGGGUGUUCGUAAAGAGCUAAUCUCACUUUCCCAUCAGGCAGAACGAAUCAAAGAGGCUGCAUUGGAAAUGGUCGACGAGACCCCGAAUAGUGUAUACGUCCGCAAGGCAACACCUGAGUGGCUCUCCUCCCGAUUUGAUCCCCAGCUAGAACAGGUAUGUAUUAGCAUGGGGUACAGCUUAGACCGAUUGGCUUUUGAGCUUAGAUCCGACCGAUCAGUUGACCUUUUGGUCGCCGGCCACCUUGAGCAAAUGACCGACGAUAUUGAGAUGGACUUUCUUUAG